AUGUCAAAAAAAAUUCCACCGAAUCAAAAUGAAAUACAACCUACAUUUAAAGGGUUUCUUGAGCGUAUGAAAUGUAAACGUAAUCUACAAUCAAGCACGCCUAAAUCAAAAACAAAUUUGCAACUGAAUGAAAGUUUGGCUGCAUUUAAGGACUAUGGAUCUUAUAAUAUAAAAAAGUUGGAAAUGAAUUCUAAAACAUCAAAUAUAUCUCUUGACAGUUCUGAUGAUUUAGUGUUGAAUAAUGUUGAAAAUAUUGCAAAUACAAAUGAUAACUGUUUUAAGGAAAAUCAUGCUAAAGAUUUUAAGGAAGAAAAAGCAAUACAAAAUGACACAUACAAGCAAAAUAUUUCUAAAUUUAACAACAUACAAAAACCAAAACCUAAAUUUAGUCAAUCAUCAGAUAGUGAAGAUGAUAUAGCAAUAAAACCAAGUUUAAGAUUAUAUAGAAGAAAAAGAAGAAUUAUGAACACCAGCAAUGAAGAAUCAGUAUCAAACAACAGUUCCCCAUCUAUGAAAGAAUAUGAAUGCAUACCUACAUCUCCACACAUGCCACCUGAAAGCAACAGUGUUUUGAAGACAGAGAUGGAAGAGAAAAAAUUAAUUGACAGAGAUGGUAUACAAACUCCAGAAAAAAAUAUAAAAGUUGAAAGAGAAGAAAAUGUUAUAAUAUUAGAUUCAGAUAGUGGCAGUCCAAACUUUAAGCACAGUCUAAAGCAAUCCCCUAAAAAAGAAUGGGUAGGACCAGAUUUCAAAUUAAAUUUAAAGCCUCUAGGUUUAGGAAAAGAGUUAGACCCAUGGAUAGAAUCUGCAAAAAGAAAACCAAUAAUGUCUUCAGUACCUGUCACAAAACAUAAGUUAGAAGACAGAUACAAAGAGUUAAGAGAAUUUCAAAUGGAAAUUCUUGAAAAAUAUAUGACUGCAUUAGAUCAAAUGCCACUGCCAGUAUUAGAAAAAUUUCCGCAGUUUGAUGCACGUACAUUUCGAAAUUCAAAAAUUUUAUAUCAACAUGUUAAAGCAAAAAUACGUUUGGUUGAGACGAAAUUAGCACAUAUAAAAGUUGACGAAAAUGAAAAAUUUGCUGAUGAAAAAUUAUGUGAAAUUGCAGAUAAUCAUACAAAUAGUUCACCGUUAAUCAAAACAUUAAACUCUAUAAAUCAGCAAUCAAUUAUUAGUAUUUCAGAUAGUGAUAGUUUCAAUGUAUCUAAUACUAAUUUAAUGAAUGCAGAAUCAAAUUAUACUAAUUCGAUAAAAAUACAAGCUACAGCUCCAUCAAUGACUGAAGAUUUUUCGGAAUUAUUACAGACAAGAAAUGAAUCACAAACAAAGGAAUACAAAAAUAACAUUGAUUUACAGAGUUCUCCUAUUCAAGUUAAAUCAAAUAAUUCUGUAGUUCAAGGGAAAAAAGGAAUAUUUCAAUUAAAAAGGCCCAUUAAAGCAACUCUGGGCUCUGAAGUUUCUAAAAAAAUAGGAGAAAUAUGGAACAAGGAAGUACAACCUCGAACUGUUAAUGUUAAAAUUACUGUUCCCAAUUGUGACACAAAUACAGAUUUUGAUAAUAUGUGCAGAACAGAAAAAUCUAAUACUAAUGAAAACUUCUGCCUUGAACAGAAAAGAACAGAUGUUAAAAUUCCUGAAAAAUUAAAAAAUGAACAUAAACAAAAUAAUUGGAAUAUAAUGACUCCCCCAGAUAUAGAUGAUAAUACUUCAUAUUCUCAAGAAAUAAUUGAUUGUUUAACUCAAGAAUUUGAACAGUUUCCUGCAUUAAGUAAAGAUUGUAAUGUAAAAUCAAAUUUAAAUGUAUCAGCAACCGUUUCACAAACUGUUAAUAAUAACGAAAAUGACAAAGCACAAAAUACAGCUAAAACAACUUUAGGAACUGGCAAUUUUACUGGAAAUUAUAAGAAUGAUGGUGUCAGUGGUGAAUUCGAUGGAUUAACAUAUCCGCAUUCACGAGAAAUGUUAAAGGUUUUUCGUCAAAAAUUUGGAUUAUAUUCCUUUAGACCAAAUCAAUUGCAAGCAAUUAAUGCUGCAAUUUUGGGGUUUGACUGUUUUGUUUUAAUGCCAACUGGAGGAGGGAAGUCAUUAUGUUACCAACUUCCAGCACUCUUGUUACCUGGAGUAACAGUUGUUAUUUCACCAUUAAAAAGUCUUAUUCUUGAUCAAGUUCAAAAACUCACUUCUCUUGAUAUUCCAGCAGCUCAUAUGACUGGAUUGAUAUCAGAAAGUCAGGCAGAUGCAAUAUAUAGAGAACUCUCAAAAAGAGAACCAGCUCUUAAAUUAUUAUAUGUAACACCAGAAAAAAUAUCUGCAUCUCAGAAAUUUUGUAGUUAUUUAACUACAUUGUAUGAAAGAGGAUUAUUAGCAAGAUUUGUUGUUGAUGAAGCACAUUGUGUUAGCCAGUGGGGACAUGAUUUUCGACCUGAUUAUAAAAAAUUGAAGUGUCUCCGGGACAAUUAUCCUCAAGUACCAGUUAUUGCGUUAACAGCAACAGCUACACCAAGAGUCAGAACUGACAUAUUACAUCAGUUAGGCCUUGCCAAACCUAAGUGGUUCAUGUCAGGCUUCAAUAGACCUAACUUAAGGUAUAGCAUAAUUGCAAAGAAAGGGAAAAAUUGUUCGGAUGAAGUUAUAGGUUUGAUAAAAACGAAGUACAAGAACGACUGCGGUAUUGUUUACUGUUUAUCUCGCAAAGAUUGUGACGAUUAUGCAAUGCAAAUGAAAAAGAAUGGAAUCAGAGCAUUAAGUUAUCAUGCUGGACAUGCAGAUAGUAAUAGAAGUGAUAUUCAGGGUCGAUGGAUUUCAGAUGAAGUUAAAGUUAUUUGUGCAACAAUAGCAUUUGGAAUGGGUAUUGAUAAACCAAAUGUACGAUUUGUAAUACACGCAGCUCUUCCACAAUCUAUUGAAAGUUAUUAUCAAGAAAGUGGACGCGCUGGUCGUGAUGGAGAAAAUGCAGAUUGUAUUUUAUUUUAUAAUUACGCUGAUAUGUAUAGGAUAAGAAAAAUGUUAGAACUAGACAAUUCAAACCCUGCUAUAUUAAAAACACGUUUGGACAAUUUAUUUCAAAUGGUAUCAUUUUGUGAAAAUAAAACGGAUUGUCGCAGGGCACAACAACUUAAUUAUUUUGGAGAAAUAUUUAAUCGACAACAAUGCGUUAUCAAUAAAGCAACAUCGUGUGAUAAUUGUAGAAGUAAAGAUGAUUUUACUAUGCUAGAUGCAACCGAAGAUGCAAAACAAAUAAUGAAAGCUGUAUGUGAUAUUAAUCAAUCAAAAAAUUGUAAUCUUACAUUAGUGUUUCUUAUAGAUAUAUUUAAAGGAAGUGAUCUGAAGAAAAUAAGAGAUUCAGGUCUUACUAAGCAUCCUCUAUAUGGUCGCGGAAGAUCGUGGAAUAAAAGCGAUAUACAACGUUUACUACAUUAUAUGGUACUUAAAGAAUAUUUGUUAGAACAAAUGUACAUAAAUAACGAAAUUGCUUGUGCUUAUCUAAAAAUUGGUUCAAAUGCAAGUGAACUAAUGACGAGGAAAGAUGUAAAGGUGAUGAUUCCUAUGAGAUCAUUUACUAAUAGUGUUACUGCAGUAGCAACAUCAUCUCCAGUUACGAAAAAAGUUGAUAAAUCUCUUUUGGAACUACAAGAACGUUGUUAUAAGGAAUUAAUGGAAAUAAUAAAAGGAAUUGCUGGAGCACUCGACAUUUCAGCAUCUUCAGUUAUGAAUAUGAUCGCGAUUAGAGCAAUGAGUCAACAACUUCCAGAUAGUGAAGAAGCUAUGUUACAAAUUCCACAUGUAACCAAAGCAAAUUUCGACAAAUAUGGAAAAGCAUUGUUAGAUAUUACACAAAAAUAUGCUGCGGAAAAAUAUGUAUUAAUAAGUGAAGAAAAAGAGAAAAGUAAUGACGAAGACUAUAGUGGCAAUGCAUGGAAUAUCGAAAAUUCUACUCAACCUAGUAAAUCUAAAUACGGUGGUACAAAGCGUAAACGUUACGGUAAUUCCCGAAAUACGAAUAAAAAAUUUAAACGAACAACAUCCAGUACACAGAAAGGAAAAGCAGCGACAAAAGGAAAAGCUAUAACAAACAAAGGUCCUGGACUUAUGAGUAUGACUCGCAAAUAAUAAUAUA